UACCAGUCUGAUGCCUCCUCCAUACCUGCUCCUUGUGUUCCCUCCGCAGAAAGAGUCAUCACCUGUGAGGGCAGUUACAAUGUCCAUCGGUUAACCUGUGAUCAUGGGGUGAUCAGUGUCAAGGAAGCGUCGAAUGGACGCAAGAACGGAGAGACUUGUAGUGAGGGCGUACCACCAGAGCAACUUACCAACACAGCAUGUUCUCUGAAGGGCGCGCUGGAUGUGGUAAAAAACAGGUGUAAUGGCAUGAAGGUGUGUGAGCUUAGCACGGCAGUCUUUGCCAGUACUGACCCCUGCCCUGUCACCUACAAAUACAUGGAAACCUCCUACACCUGCCUCCCAGCAUAUCACCUUGUUGUGUGCGAGAACUCAGUGGCUCAGCUAGAGUGUCCUAGAGACACGAUCAUAGUGUUCCACGGUGCUAAUUAUGGACGCCGUGACAAGACCAAAUGCUCGUAAGGGCAUACUGAGUCUCAGAUGCAAGAUGUCGACUGCUCAGACCCAACCAGUAAAGUCGCCGAAAGGUGUGCUGGGAAAAGCCACUGCGCAAUUCCUGCUAUCGAUUCAUUUUUAGGGGACCCCUGUGUUGGCACAUACAAGUACCUGGAGUUGGCAUAUACAUGUAACUAUCCUACCCAAAAUUGAUGGGAUGAUGGCAAUCAGAAUGAUACAACUAUAAAUGUACUCAUUUAAUAAACAUGUUAACCAG